UUGGUGCGCGUUGUGUGGUGAUGUUGGGUCUUCUGCAACAAUAUAAACUUGAUGACUAUUUCGUUGCAUUUUGCUUUGUUCGGUUUGUAUCUUGUUCUCUGUUACCAUGAUGCCCGGGGAGACUCACUCUCAAACAGCGGGAAUCGCGUCUGACGCCACGAUAGGAACCUGUCAGAACUGUACUGCACUGCAGCAGAGUUUAAAUGAAUAUGUAGCUGCAAUAUUAGCAAUGAAGCAAAAGAUAAUUGAUACAGAUCACCUGUUAACCGAGUACCAGCAGAAGUGUGAUGAGCUUCAGAAGGUUGAAAGGGAGUCCAGCACACUCCAUCAUCAACUGGAUGAACUUCUCUUGAAAUGUACUCCACUGGAGGAACGCAGUAAGAAACAAAUUGAGGAAAUAGAGGCCAUGAAAUCUGAGCUGGAAGAAAAAAGGAGCUCCAUAAAGAUCUACCAGCAAACGUAUCUAGAAAUUGAAAGCCUAAAGGAGGAGAAUAAUAAAACUGAGGCUGCGAGUAAGAAGCUUGAAGCGCAAGUGAAAAAGCUUGAAGAAACAACAACCAAGCAGAGCCAAGAGAUCAAACAGUUAAAAACAGAGAAAAAGACAUUGGAGAAAGAUCUAAAGAAAACACAGAAACAGCUUGCAAAAACUGAGAAACGAAAUCAAAAGAAAGUAUUGAAGCAUGCAUGGACUCAAAAUAAUUCAACAGAGGAAACAAAAAUUGAUAAAACUAAAAUGAAGCUGCUUCUUGAGGAACUUUGGAUGUGUAUAGAACCUUCAGCCCAGGUAUCCCAGAGGAAGGACAUGCAGCACUUUUCUGAAGAGACUGGAAAGCAUUGCAGAAGACCCAGAGACUUGCAGCAUUCCUUGCAGACACAUUUUCCUGGUAGCCCAUUGAAAGAUCAACAGUAUUGCAAGAAUGGACCCUUUCCCAGUAGCCCAUUGAAAGAUAUGCAGUUUUGCAAGCACUCGCCCAUUCCCAUAAACGAUCUGGCAGCUUCUAUCCAUCUGCAUAAUCUAGCAGUACCUGAAAUGCAGCGCAACACAAAACACAAAAGCAUUAAGCACUCACAAAUCAUUGAAAGCAGUAGCAGAGAGAGAGAUCGCUUUAAUGAAGGCACCAUCUUAAAUAAGGAAACUGGACAAAAAUACUUGAAUGAAGACCUUUUGCAUGUUUCUGGAGAUGAACAAAUGGCACAUAGUCCAGUACCUGGACAAAACCUUGAUGAAAUACUGGACUGGUUGAAACCUCUCCCACCACUCCUGUCUCCUGUGCAAUUUUCAUUGCCUCAUAAUCAGGAUACUUUACUUGACAGUUCAACAAAUUUAAAUGAGGAGGAGGAAGUGAAGGUAAAAUCCAACAGCAAUGAGUUAAAGAAACUCUGUGAAGGUGACAAACCCAAUGAAAACCCUGAAUCCAUCAAUAAGCACUCUUCUGAACCAAGCAUGGCUCAUACCAUGGAUCUUCCUUUAGUUGGGUUGUCUAAGGACACUUCAUCCACUGCUCUGUUAUUUCACAGUCCCCCACCCUCUGUGCUUACAGAGGCCGAAUGUGAUGACAAGGCAAUUUUAGAGCAACAAAUGAAGGAAAGCAACCCAUCUUUCCUGGAAGAGUCGACUGAAAUGAUGGAUGUACAGAGUGACAGUUUGCAAUUUAGUGAUACUAGUGACUCAUUUAAUUCAUCUGUUGAAGCUAAUGAGAAUGAUACAUUGGUAGGUCAUUUACAAAACAAAACCUCUCAACACAGCACUGUGAAGGUUGAGGCCUUGGAAGACUGUGUUUUAAAUUCAUCAGCAUCUGAUAAAGGAAGCACAGGUCUUAUAAAGUCAGACUCUGAACAACUGAAAAACAUACAAUCCCUGCAAGAGUCUGAAAGCUCAGGAACAGAAUAUAUGGAGGUAGACCACGGAAAGCAAGAAGAAACUCAAAAGGAUACAGAGGCUAUUAAAGAAAGUUUAACAAAUGCCUCAACAGACAGUGCAACGUUAAGCCACCAUGAGGAUAUAAUAGAAAAUAACCUAAAAAGCUCUGCUUCUGUGGCUAGUGAUGAUCAAAAUAUGCUAUUCGUAGAUUCUCCUACAAAACAUUAUUUAACCAAAGGGGAAAAGGAAGCCCAAGAUUCUUCUGCAAAGGAUUAUUUAACCUCCUUGACAACUAAAGAAUCAGAGCUCAAAGAACCUCAGCCUUUACAAAGCAAUGGCACUACCAAUACAGAGACUGUGAACGAAGCUUCGGUUGUGUGUUUUCAGAAACAAGAGAUUUCUUGGACAGGUGAGUUGAGCCACAGUACAGGAUUUACUAAAAAUGAAGUGGAGUGCUCAACAGAAACAGAGAUGCUAAGCAUGACUGAAACUUUUACUGUCUCUCAAAAGCCUAACUUAAAAGGAAAUGUGUAUGUAAAAACCUCUGAAGCAGAUUCAGCAAAAGACAAUGAACUCUCCUAUACCUCUCCUGAAGAUGAAACAGGCCUCACAAAGGCAACUGAGAUUGAAACUGUGGCUGUAAAUGGUUCUGUCUUGCACAAAGCUUGUUUAACAGGAACUACUUGCAAACCAAACUGUGAUGAAACUGAUCCAGCAACUGAGAGUGAAUCCAGAAACUACAACACAGGGUGUACUGAAGAUGAAACAGAACACUUGGCCAAGUCAAAGAUGUUAUCCGUGGCAGACACUUGCUCUGGCUUACAAAAAGCCCUGUUAACAGAAACUUGUCACAAAUCCAACACUGAUAGAACCGAUCCAGUAAAAGAGAGUAAAACCUCUGUUAACAGUUCAGCAUGCAAAGAAGAUGAAGUUGAAUGUGGAAAAGAAGCAGAGAUGAUCAAAAGGACUAAAACUCCCUUUACCUUAUUACAGAAAUCCAGCUUAACCCCAAAUGCUUAUGCAACAAAUCCUAGUGGUGCUGACAGAAUAACAGCAGAGAAACACGCCAGUUAUAGUUUAGAGUCAACCUCCUUUACGAAAACAGAUGGACACUUUACCACUGAUGUGGAAUCUUCCAUUGAAGAGACAUUCAGUGACAACAUUAUGAUGGAAGAAAAUCUCUGCACCAAGGCUUGUCCUAUUACCCAAGAAGAAACUGAGGAUGAUCAAGAGAGUUUUACACUUUUGAGAAAGGUCAAGAAAACAAAGAGUAAAGGUAAUGGAAGCUGUAGUUUGGAAGAAAAGGGGAUGAAUUUAAGCAGCUGCAAAGAAUCUGUGCCAGAGGCCCUUAUAGAUGUGCAAGCACCAGCAGAUAAUAAUACGAGUAUGAAUGACAAUAAGGCACUUGAAAUGUCUGAAGAGGGAAUUCCAAAUAUUGAUACGUGUGAAACAUUGAAAGUAAAAAUAGACCGCAAAGAGCUAACCGCAGCACAUACUUCCUUAAACAAACAUUCAGGUAGAAGUACUUCAGAAACUACAACGGAUGAAAAUUCUGAAUUGGAACAGGAUGAAAUGGCAUAUAAGAAAAAGCCAGAGGAAAACAUGGAAAUCUGCAAAAGAAAUAUAUUAGUUAAUGGGGCAGAGUGCAAUAUACAAGUGACCGGUUUAGACAGUGUGUUAACAGCAGAGCCAGAUUCCCAGCAUGGUGAUAAUGCAUCAAAUGAAAGCCUUGUGUGUGACUCAUUAGAAAUAGUAUUAAAUGAAGAUUCACAAUUGGAAAAUAUAAACGUAAAAGAUUAUAAUACAAAUAAUAGGGUAUCACCCACAGUUGUACCCAGAAUUGAGACAGAAGAAGAAACAGCUGUCUCUUGUCACAGAUGGCAUCAUUCUGCUUCAGUGCAGAAUAGUACAAAAGCCAAGCAAAAAGAAAAAGAACCAAGCCAGACAAACCCCCCUGUGUUAGCCACUGCUGACACCUCAACAUCAUCAAAGCAUUCCCCAGACUCGAUAAAUAGAGUUAGGACAGAGAUGGGACCACCUCUCCGUCCACUACUGCCACCACUACUAGUCACCCCACCAAGAUUUCUAAAAAGUAUCUCUCCUCCCAUGUCAACGUGCAGUAGGUCAUCUUUCCCUUCCCCUUCCCCUAUGGAGGAUUUGGUCUCCCCACUGCGAGAAACACCAAUACCUCCACUUAUGUCACCACUGUCGGACAGACUCAAGCACAAAUCUCCGUUACUGGCCACCCCAUCCCCAUCAGACAUAACCAAAAACAGAAGGAUCCAGUCUUCCCCAUUGCAGUUCUGUGCGGCCACCCCCAAACAUGCAGUCCCUGUUCCUGGUAGACUGCCUCCUUCAACAAUGAAUGCAAUCAACUCCUCUCCUGGCAUUCCCCAAGAAAACUCUGUUCGAAUCCUUGACACCAUGUAUCCAGAGCUUUCUGCUCGUGCAAGAACUCUCAACAUUCUCAAGGGAAACAUUCAGCUCGACAGAUGUGCAUCCGGGGUUGGGAACAUUGUACCAGGACCUGUCAAUCAGAUCUCUGGUUUUAAAGCCAUCAAUUCUUCAACAACAGCUUUCACCAAAACUGGAAAAGCUUGUGAAACAGAAAACAGCUGUUUUAGACAAGUCACAGAGAGGUUAAGCUCUAUGGGAUUGCCUGAUCAAGUCUGGAAAAGACCAGGAGUAAAUCUGCAUUUACCAAAAAGUGCCAAAAGGCUUCGGUUAGAUAACGAUUCACCAGUUUCAGAAAGGGCGAAUUUGCCUGUUGCAUCUCUGGAGGAUUCCGAAAAUAAUAUGAAUAAAGAUGAACUUUUGAAAGAUUUACAAGGGAGUUUGGCGCAACCUGUUGAUAUUAAAUCAUCUGAAAUGUUAAAGUCACAAACCAGUCCUACUGAAGAGGCCAUUUCCAAGGCAUUUGAAAAAAUUGCAAAGUGCUGUUUUGAUUUGAUGCCUGUUAUUCGAAGCCAUGUCCAUGUUGGAAACAUUUCUCGGGUACCAAUACUGAGAGAUGAAGAGAAGGAGGUCAUCCAUGAGUUCUGUGUGGUAAACAAGCACCUUGCAGAAGGUUUGCUGGUUGCCAUUCUCACGAAACUGAAGACUGAAAAAAUGAGCAUGAAGAGUUGCUACCUUCAGGCCCUCUGUAGAGUUUAUGUUGGAAUUUGUCGGCAGCAAGGAGACUUGGAGAGAGCCCGUCUUUUUUCAUACAGUAUUCUAAAAGAAGAUUUUCCAGAGUCUGACAAGCUGACUUUAUUUGUUGCAAGUACCUGGCACGAUGUGUUUUCCUUGCCAGGGCAGAUUAAUAAAGCAAUACAGGCUGUAACCAGGAAACGUGCAAAGGGAGAAGUUCUGACAUGUCUCACUGCCUAUCUGGGCUGGGAGAAGAACCCUCCCUGUGAUGUAUCAAAGUUGAUUACUGGCACAAUUUUUACUCUAAAGAAGGGCGCCUGUAUGAAAUUCCAGCCUCAUGAGAAACGAGGAGAAGACCUGAGCCCUGCUGUGUGGGAUCAUAUUUUUGCAACAGAACUUUUGUGUUCUCAGCUUCAGUGGAAGUGGACACAUGACAAUUUAAUAUGCAAGGAGCUUUGGCCAAUAAUGAACAAAUGGGUAAAGCAAGGAAAAGGAAUAGAACAUGUGGAGAUUACAUCAGAUAUUACAGUAGCUGCUGUCCUGCGGCUAAUAGGGCGUCUAGGACAGCUGGGAAUGAAGAAAAAAUAUGUUGAUUCUGUGAAAAAUGUUGCAACAGUCAUCAACACGUUUGGCAGACAUGCUAAUACAGAAGGGGUCCCCUGGGGUGUGCAGUUGGCAACAGUGUAUGCUAUUUAUGAUCUGGCACCAAGCAAUCCAAAGGAAGCCAUGGAAUCACUCGCAGCUUGGAGAUCGGAAACUACCAGAACCGUCCCGCCUGCAGUUACCAGCUGUAUAACACAAAUGGGCUCCAUGUGCCGUCAAAUAAGAUGAAAAUAAUUACAAGUUACUGCAAUAGACUAACAAUAUGAAGGGUCAAGGCAUACAUGAGUCUGACAGGCUUUCAGAUUUUGUGUUACACAAAGUUUAUGGACAAGGUUGUUAUCUUAGUUUUACUUUGUCACUGAUUUCUGUCAGUGUGUUUCUUAGUGCUAUGAAUGAACUAAGGGCUUGACCCUUUAAAACAUUUCAGAAGUAUUCUGCCUUUAUAAAAUCAUUAUCCAAUCUAUGGUUUUAGAAUUUAUGUUGCAAAAGCACAAACAAGUGAAAAAAUCCUGUGCCAGUAGUUAAGGUGUUAUGGCUUUCUAAUGGGAAUAUACUUUCUCCAAGUCUUCCUUUUUAGAUUUAUUUUGUACAUUUAACUUUCUUUUUUUUUUUUUUUAUUUAAGAUGAAUACUGUUGACCACUUUUAUGACUAUUUCUCAGAAGCCGUAUUGGAAAUUGAUAUGAGGUAUACCUCUUCAUUUGUAUAGUCAUGCAUUCCACUUUUGUAAUUUUCGUUAUAAUAUACCUCUACACAAAUUAUUGUUCUAAAAUCGUCUAACAAGUUUACUUUUGAAUAGGACAUGAACUUUUUUUUUUUUUUGCAAAGGAACCAUGGCCCUUGCUAUAUAUUGUAAAUAUAGGCUCUAAAUAUGUUAAUGUCUUAUAUAUCUGUUUGAAUGGUUUUAUACAGUAUUCAAAUGAAAAAAAACCCAAUGUAA